AUGAGUAAAGAUCUGGAUCUUGAAAUCACACAAAAAGUAUCGGAGGUAGAUCAUACCUACGACCAAGCUAAAAAUUCAUCGUCAGAAAUUGAUGUUGAAUCAGCAACCAGCAGGGAGUCAUUACUAGAGCCGGAUGUGGCUGAACUACCCAAAGUUGUUCGUGAGAUUGUGCCAUUGGAGGAUGAUCCGACCAUACCAGUAUUGACAUUCAGAUACUUUAUAUUGUCGAUUAUAUUCAUUGUCCCUGGUGCAUUCAUAGACACCAUGAAUUCAUUUAGAACGACAUCAGCAGCGUACUCCAUCUUUUUUGUUCAACUUGCUAGUCAUUGGGUUGGGAAAUGGCUAGCUAAAGUGUUACCUGAUAAAAAAGUUGGUUUUGGUCGAUUUCGGUUUGGUUUGAACCCAGGACCAUGGUCCAUUAAAGAAACUGCCAUGAUUACCAUAACUGCAAGUUCGGGAGCCACUGGGUCUCAGGGCAUCAAUUGUUUGGCAUUGGCUGAGAUCUAUUAUGGAGAGACUGUCAAUGCAGCAGUGGCAAUUUUUUUCAUGUGGACAAUUGUUUAUGUUGGUUACUCUUAUGCUGCCAUUGCUAGGAAUUUCCUACUUUAUGAUCCACAAUUCAUAUGGCCACAGGCAUUGGUGCAAACAACCUUGUUCCAAACACAAAGCAAAUCUGACAGUGAUUCCAAACAAGGGUCCAAACAAAUGAGGGUUUUCUUCUUUGUAUUGAUUGGGGUUUGUAUUUGGCAUUUCUUUCCUGAAUAUAUUUGGCCCAUGACUUCAUCGUUGGCAUUUUUGUGCUGGGUGGCACCAGAGAAUUAUACAGCAAAUUUCAUUGGAUCCGGUUUAGGUGGGAUGGGAUUCAUGAAUAUUACCCUAGAUUGGUCUAAUAUCACUUCAUCAAUUAUGUUGUAUCCUUAUUGGGUGCAAGUGAUUCAGUUUCUCGCAUUCAUCCUUAGUGCUUGGAUCUUGAUUCCUCUGGUGAAAUGGGGUAGCUUGUCAAAUUACAAGUUUGGAUUAAUGUCAAAUAGUUUAUUUUUGGCCAAUGGAACAAAAUAUCCCACGACAGAAUUAUUGACUCCUGAUUUGCAAUUAAAUGUCACUAGGUAUGAAGAAUUGGGUCAUGUGCACUUGGGUGCUCAAAGGGCAUGGAACAUGUUUUUCGAUUACGCUGCUUAUGUUUCUGGAUUCACAUGGGUCGUUGUAUUUGGCUACAAGAGCUUAUCUACAUCAUUUAAAAAAUUGGUUGCUUGUAGAAGGGAAAAGGGGUCAUUGAGUUUACAAUACACUGAUCGGUUGAAUAAACUUCAAAGUGCUUACAAGGAAGUUCCCUUGUAUUGGUACGUCGUCUUAUUCGUCGCUUCUUUUGUCACAUUAUUGGUGAUUCUCGCCACAAACAGUUUAUUUAUGCCCUGGUGGUGUUUGAUUGUUGGAUUGGCUUUCGGUCUGAUUAUCGUUACCCCGCUUGCUUGGUUGUACGCAUUAUCCAAUUUUCAACUUGCCAUUGGUACUUUCAAUGAGUUGUUGUACGGGUAUAUGAUUCAAAGCAAAAGUCUGAGACAUCCUGCUGGAGCAACUGUUUAUGGUGCUAUUGCUGGAGAUGCAUGGUACCGAGCCCAAUACAUUUUGCAAGAUCAAAAAAUUGGACAUUAUAUGCACUUGCCGCCAAAAGCAGUGUUUUUCUCACAAAUAUUUGGUGAAUUGAUUGGUGUUCCUAUCAAUUAUGCAGCAUUGAGAUGGGUUUUGUCGUCAAAGAAGGAUUUUCUAAAUGGAACCAAGGUUGAUACACUUCAUCAAUGGACUGGUCAACAAAUUGUAUCAUACAACACCAAUGCUAUUCAGUACGUUGUUCUCGGUCCUACUAGGUUAUUCAAGAAUUACCAAGUACUACCUUAUGGGUUCUUAGUUGGUGCAUUGGCACCUGUGGCUAUCUAUGCACUCUACAAAUUGUUUCCCAAAUCAAAGCUAAAGUUCAAUUUGUGGAACACCACGGUGUUUUUUUCCACAAUGUCAUCAUUUUACGGAAACAUUUCUACGGGGCCAUUUUCGCAAUUUGUUGGUGGUACUAUUACAAUGUUUUAUGCAUACAGGUACAAGCAUAAUUUGUGGAAAAAGUACAAUUACUUGUUGGCAGCCGCCAUUGACACAGGUUACAACUUGGCCAUUUUGUUGAUUUUCAUUAUAUUUGCAUCAGGAAAAACGAUAACAAUGCCCAAUUGGUGGGGCAAUAACGAACAAAGUGUCGAAAGGUGCUUUGCGUUAGCCAAAGCGUCAUCUUAG